AUGUUUACAGAAGAGGCAAGACAGGUGAAAGAGAGCACGAGCUGUGAUACGAAACUGAAAACAAGAGAUAAAAUUAUAAUACAGAAAUACUACUUACAUGUCUUCAAUGGAAUUUUCUUGGCCCUGGGUCUUAUGCUUUUGGCAUUUGGUCUGUGCCUUUUAUUUGACAGAAACAAUUUAUUCAGUGUGUUAUUUUCUUCAAGUGAGAAACAGCUAUUGGCAUAUAUUUCUUGUAUAUUACUUGGAAUUGGAUCUGUUAUUACCUUUUCAUCAGUUGGUGGAUUCCUUGGAAGUGUUAUGGAAAUCAAAUGUCUACUAGUUACAUAUAAGAAUUUUCAAAUCCUGGUGUUUGUCAUCUAGAUAGCAAUAUUGGUGCUGAUACUUGUGAAGAAACAAGAGAUGGAAUGCUGUGGAAGAUACAAUGUCACACAGUAGGAAAUUAAUAAAACCAAGGAAAAAGGUACUCAGAUCCCAUGUUCAUGCACAAAAUCCAGUCUGGAGAAAUGGUUUUGUGAUGUCCCAAGGGGUUCAACAUACAUUUUGGGAUGUGAAGAAUAUUUCAAUACAUGCUUCAAAAACAAGUUAACUGCAAUUACUACUAGCCUGCUAAUUACACAGAUAUUUUUGUUCACGCUAACUGGUCAGCUAUUUAGAGGCAUCAGAAAGAAUAAUAUUUGGCCAAAUGAAUCAUGA